GCGCCCUUACUGCUGGGUGGGCUGAGCGGCUCGCCUGCAAGCCCAGCUGAUCCGAGGCUCAGCCAUGUCAACUCCAGAUUCAAGCAGUCCUGGGCAGCCAGCUCCUUUUCCUUCUGCCCCACGGCCGCCACCACCAAUUCUACCCCCUCCAUUUAUGCCUCCUCCUGGGAUCCCACCACCAUUUCCACCCAUGGGAUUGCCCCCAAUGGGACCACGGCCACCUCCUAUGCCUCCUAUGCCCCCUGGCAUGAUGCCACCUCCCCCUAUGAUUCCACCUAUGCCUGGACCACCGCCCCUGGGUCAGAUGCCCACAAUGGUGCCACCGAUGCUGCCUGGGAUGAUCAUGCCAGGGGUGCCAGCUGGGCCUGUUCCUGUUUCUGGAGGAGGAGCAGCUCCUGUUACUGACCCAUCCAAUACCACAGUGACCCAAGCAGCACCCGUGAUCCCCAACCCCCUGACAGCUGCAAUGCAACAAAAUGUAAUUCUUGGUGGCUCUCCAGUGCUGGAUACAGGACGAAAGAAGCCAGCAUGGAGUGAGCAUAAAGCCCCUGAUGGGCGGAUCUAUUAUUAUAACGCUGAAACCAAACAAUCAAGUUGGGAAAAGCCAGAUGAACUCAAGUCUAAGGCAGAGAUCUUGCUGUCACACUGUCCUUGGCGUGAGUAUCGCUCAGAAACCGGGAAAUCCUAUUACUACAAUACUCAGAGCAAGGAGUCACGCUGGACCAGGCCACGAGAGCUGGAUGACAUUGAAGCAUUGAUCAAGGAGGAAGAGGAGGAAGCAGAGAGGCCACAGCUACCUCAGCAAUCAGAGGCCCAACCAUUGUCAGGCCCUGCCAGUCCCACCCCGUCUUCCGCGGCCACCUCAGACACGGAAGGCACUGGGGGUGUUGAAGAGACCCCAGGGACUGAGGGAGUCCCAGCGGCUGUUGAGGAGGAGGUCACAAGCAGUUGUGAUCCCCUGCAGAGAGAUGAAGAAGAUCGUGGCAGUGCCUGGAGCAACAAAGAGGAAGCCAAACAAGCUUUUAAGGAGCUGCUCAAAGAGAAGGGCGUUCCAGCUAGUGCAUCCUGGGAACAGGCCAUGAAGCUUAUAAGCAGUGAACCCCGUUUCAGUGCUUUGCCCAAGCUGAGUGAGAAGAAGCAGGCAUUCAAUGCCUACAAGGCUCAACGGGACAAGGAAGAAAAAGAAGAGGCCCGGCUGCGGGCCAAGGAGGCAAAGGAAGAACUGCAGCGCUUCUUGGAAGAACACAACAAAAUGAAUUCUACCACCCGCUACAGAAAAGCUGAGCAAAUGUUUGGUGAGCUAGAAGUGUGGGCUCUGGUGCCUGAAAGGGAUCGCAAGGAGAUCUAUGAUGACGUUCUUUUUUUUCUGGCCAAGAAAGAGAAGGAACACGCCAAGCAGCUCCGCAAAAGGAACAUUCAAGCGCUGAAGAGUAUCCUUGAUAGCAUGAGCCGUGUCAGCUUCCAGACCACUUGGUCUGAAGCCCAGCAGUAUCUAAUGGACAACCCCAGCUUUGCCGAAGACGAAGACUUGCAAACUCAGCCUGGCCUGCUCCCAACUUUCCCUCUUUCAGACAUGGACAAGGAGGAUGCCUUAAUCUGCUUUGAGGAACACAUCCGGACGUUGGAGAGGGAGGAAGAGGAGGAGCGUGAACGGGGUCGAUUACGGGAGAGGCGUCAGCAGAGGAAGAACAGGGAAGCCUUCCAGGCCUUCUUGGACGAGCUUCACGAAAACGGGCGCCUUCACUCCAUGUCCACUUGGAUGGAGCUGUAUCCCUCCCUCAGCACCGACCGACGCUUUGCCAACAUGUUGGGCCAGCCUGGCUCCACCCCGCUCGAUCUCUUUAAAUUCUACGUUGAAGAUCUGAAGGCCCGGUUCCACGACGAAAAAAAGAUAAUCAAGGAUAUUCUCAAGGACCGGAGCUUCAGUGUAGAAGUAAAUACAACCUUUGAGGACUUCGCUCAUGUCAUCAGUUUUGACAAGCGUGCUGCUACGCUGGAUGCUGGCAACAUAAAGUUAACUUUCAACAGCCUGCUGGAAAAGGCUGAGGCACGGGAGCGUGAACGAGAAAAGGAGGAAACCCGGAAGAUGCGGCGGAAGGAGGCCGCCUUCAAGAGCAUGUUGCGUCUGGCAGCUCCUCCCCUGGAGCCCAAUACCGCCUGGGAUGAGGUCAGAGAGCAGUUUGUCAACAAUAUUGCGUUUGAGCAGAUCACACUCGAAUCGGAACGGAUCCGCCUCUUUCGUGAAUUCCUGCAGUUGCUGGAGAGUGAGUGCCAGCAUUUCCACACGAAGGCCAAGAAGCAUGCCAAGAAGCCAAAGAAACAUCAUCGCAAGCACUCUGCCUCGGGCUCAGAAUCGGGCUCAGAUCAUCCCCACCGAGCAGCCAAGCGGAAGAAACGAAACCACUCAGAAUCCGCAGGUUCCGCGGGGGCCUCAUCUUCACCUGACUCAGAGCACAGCCCCAGGCGUGCCAAGAGGCAGAAGAAGAAGAGCAAGAAGAAACGCCACAAGUCGAACAGCCCUGAAAGCGAAGCUGAGCACAAGAAGGAGCCAAGCCGGGCGGAAGAGUGGGAGCGAGGGAAGGCGCCUCUGCGACCUGAGGGGAGGGGCCACUCCCCUCCCCGGGGCACUCGGAGGGAGCGGAGUGGUUGGGACACCUCAGAGAGCGAGGAGCUGAGCGAAGGGGAGCUGGAACGUCGGCGUCGGACUCUGCUGCAGCAACUGGGUGACCAGUAAUUGACCCCUGCCUCUUUUGAGGCACCCCCUCAACACCAAUGUAUGAGAAGCAUUCAGUCCUUGUUCCUGUGGCAACUCUGCCUUGUUUUGGCUUUGGUGGCCUCCAAGCCAAGUGUAUGCACUGCUCUUGCUGGACCCCGCACGUUGGGUCACAGUCUUCUUCAUUACGUUCACCUGCUUCUAAGAGGGGAGCAGCUGCUCCUGCCCAUUGGCAGCAGUCAUCUCCAGCGACACUACCUGUCUACAUCAAGCAUCAGGACAGGGAGGAAAGUUCAGGUGUGCAUCUGGAGGGCAUCACCAAAAUUGAAACCCGGCUCUUGGAUCAUCCAGCAGAAGAUUGGGGGAAUUGCACCUGAGCAUCGGAAGGAAUGAGGUCUGUCUCCACUCAGACUUCACCCAGGGCCACUCUAGCCUAGAGCUUCCUUUGGCCUAGAUGCAAAAUGGUGGCAGGAAACAGCUAAAAUACAGCGUCAGUCUUGUCUAAUCUGAAGACAGGAAUAGGCUACAUGGUCUUCUGGAAGGUUAUCACUGUGACUGGAUCCUUUUCCCUGGUUGCGGUAUCCCCUUGUGAGUUAAGGAUUUAAUGGAAUUUUUAAAACAAUAUUUAUAAUAAAUCUGGACUGAAAAUACCAAUCUGUGGCCUCCUGUAGAAAAUUAGUUUAUAUUGGUUCCAAAUGAUUUUAGGAAAAAAAAAACCUCAAAAGAAUAUUUUCAUAACCUAUUGGACUGGAUCUAAUCCCCCAAAAUAACAGAGGACUUGGAGGUAUGCUGGCAGGUAUAUCCUUAAAAAAGGGAAGAGAGGAUAUGCAAAUAUCCUAAGUUGGUACAUGUGGCAAAGUAGCCAUGCUGGGUGUAUAUAAAGUGAGCAUGAAAUUCAUCCAUAAUCAUUGUGUGAAUAAAACAAGCUAAAAAUGCUGAUCAGAUUGCUGAUUUCCACAUUUUAAACUGAUGGGUGGCAUACUUCCGUAUUUAUAAUCAUGUACUCGAAUUUAUUACGUGUACUUAGAUUAUUUCCACAAAUUGUUCCCUUACAAUUUCUUUUUCAUAAGCCAGCUUUUUCUCAAAAGUUGACCUCCCAAUUGACUAGAUCAGGGGUGUCAAAUUCAUAUUUCAUCAGGGUUGUGUUUGAUCUUGAGGGCGGGGGGUGGUGGUGGUGUAGGUGGGGGGGCAUGGAAAUGCAAAAGGAGAGACAUUUCUCGGUGUCUCCUUGCCUUGUGAUCAAAUGCCACUUUUGGUAGUAAUUUGUUUUGCUAGCACUCUGCCAGCAAAAACAGCUCAGGAGGGCUGAGCUCCAUUUUCAGCUGCCACAGCCUCCUCCGACAUGCCAAUUGCCACCAGAUUGUAGAUCAGCACCCAGUUGGCCUGAUCCAGGCCAAGGCACUGCGUUCCAGUCCUUUGCUGUUUCCAGG